AUGAAGAGUGUUGGAAAAGGAAAGAAGGGCAAGCUGAUACAGCAUUUCACCAGCCAAAGUCACAGAGAAGCAUUACGAGAUUUUGCAAGAUUCACUAACCCACAUCAGAACGUUGAUGCACUUUUGGAUUUGUCUCGUCGUCAUGAAAUGAUUAAAGAAACUGACGACGCAAUGUUUAACACCAAAAUUAUGUUAAUAUUAUGUGAUGCUGCUCGCACCAUGGCUAUGCAGGACCUUGCAUUUCGUGGAAAUACUGACGAAUCCAGCAACUUUCAUGAGAUUGUGAAGUUAAUCAGUCGACAUUGCGGCAUUUUGAAAUACUGGCAGAACCAAACAAGGAUGCGACCAUACCAUGUUACCUAUAUGAGCAAAGACACCCAAAAUGAGUUGAUAAAGUUGCUAGGUGACGCAGUGAGGCAUCGUAUGGUGAAGGAGCUAGAGGAAGUCUCAGCGUUCUCAGUAAUGGCUGAUACUACCCCGGACACAAGCAAUAAAGAUCAGAUGGCAAUUGUUGUAAGAUACGUCGUCAAUGCCAAGCCGGUUGAGCGUUUACUGUGUCUGAGGAUUCUCAAAGACAAGUCCGGAGAAGGCCAUGCUGCAGAAAUUUUGAAAGCUCUCAAUGAGUGUAGUGUGGACCCACAAAAACUCGUCUUUCAAUCGUACGAUUUUGCGUCAUGUAUGUCUGGAAAGUAUAAAGGAUGCCAACGAGUGCUAAGUGAUAAAAUUCAAGAAGAUUUUCCACACAAAAAGGAAAUCCUUUACAUCCCAUUCCAGGCUCACAGGCUGAGUACAUAUGUAGAACGAAGCUCCAAAGCAAGCAGUCUUGUAUCAUCGAUGUUUGACAUAUUACAGUCAUUGUACACAUUCUUUUCUAGUAGCACCAAGCGAUCUGAAGCACAUGAAAAAGCACAAGUUGAAAUAGAAGGGGCCUUGAAGAUGCGAAAUCUUUCGCAAACUCGUUGGAUUGCUAGAUCUGAAUCUAUUGACAGUGUCUGGAUCUCUUUGACAGUAAUCGUCUCGCUGCUCGAGCAGAUAAUGGAUAGACAACUUGACUGUGACAAAAACACACAGGAUCAAGCCAAAGCAAUUUUGAAGAAAAUGAAAACAUUUGAUUUUGUUUUCAGCUUGGCUACUAUGAGAUUCAUAAUGCGGCGCUGUAAGGUUCUGGUUGUGCAAUUUCAGGAAGAGGGUUUGAAUUUACUCGACGCACUUGAGCUAGUGUCAUCGACAACUAGGGCGUUAGAAAAGAUUCGAAAUGAAGAUGACGUGCAAAAGCAGAUUGAAGCUGCCACACAAAUUGCAAUGCACAUGGGAAUAAAUCUAGAAGAGGAGUUUCAGCACCGCCACAGAAGAAGAUUGAUUCCAAGAAGAAUUGAUGAAAACCGAGACAACGAGGAGGCAUUCUCCUUCCAGACGUUUUAUUCGAAAGAGAUUUAUUCUGUACUUGAUCAGAUAAUUACAGAUUGUAAAGAAAACUGGGGUAGCAUUUUGAAGAAAAUAAAGCCGUUCACUGUUUUGUUGCCUCCUUGGGAUAACUUAAGGGAAGAACAAGCAGAGGAUCUGGAGCAUUUGUUGUCGGGGAAAGUUUCAAGUGGCAGUCUUAUUGCAGAGCUUACUGUUUUGAGAGAGGACUUCCAAGAGAAAAAGUUGGUAAAGAGCAUGACAGUCCGUGAAAUUGCAAAGUUCGUAUAUAGUCGAAGGCACAUUAAUCCGGCAAGCAACACAGCAUAUACAUUCCUUCAAACAGCACCAAUUACUGUGGCUUCAAAUGAAAGCUCUUUUAGCAAACUAAAGUUGGUGAAGACUAAGCUGCGGAGCACAAUGCUCCAGGACCGCCUGGAAUCUCUGAUGCUGAUAUCAUGCGAGAAGGAUUUCUCUGAAAAUGUCAACUUGGAAGAUGUUGUCAAGAACUGGAUACACUUAAAAAACAGAAGAGUUCGAUUUGACACUACUUAA